GCAAAACUACCAAUCAACUGUCAGAAAAAAACACUAGCGGUGCGCAAGUUGGACUCUCUGCGGAGAAUCUCAGAUCGGUUGGAAUUCGCAAGUUUUGUCUUUCGGACGGAAUGCAGUUGCAUUAAAAACUUGCAGUUUGCUAGAGGCUGUAUCGGCCAUGGAAGGCUGUGAGUUUACACGAGUGGUGACUAAGGACGGGGAGGAAUGUUUUUUGUUGACGAAGCUCAGGAACGAGGGCCAGGAUGGCUUUGACCUCACCAUCUGCCAUGAUGGAAAAGUGUGGAGUGGCACAGUGUCAGAGGAUGACCUUGAUAGCCUGAGCACAAAACUCAAGAUGGACUACAAAAAGUAUGUGAAGCAGACAGUUGAAGCCCUCACCUCAGUCUCAGACACAGACUCGUUUCUCUACCAGCUGACCUCUGACAAGAAUGGUGUCGAAUUUGCUUGGAAGAAACAUGUGGAAGAUAUAACUUUCCAGCUUGGCAGUGCAAGACUGAAGUCUCGACCAGAUUCUGCUGUUCUCAUAAAAAAGAUCUUCAUUCACUGCAUCACUGGCAUGGAAGAGCUAAAGACACGCAUACAGAGACUAGAGACCGACAACGAACGACUGUCACUGGAAAGGAUGAAUGCCCUCAAGAGACUAGAGAAGUGUGUGGUAGCCAAGGAAGAGCUGGAAAAUGAUCUUUACUCAAAGUUUGCUCUCAUUCUCAAUAGUAAAAAAGAAAAAAUCCGGCAGCUGAAAGGAGGAGUUCCAACGUCCGCCUCCGACCCAGUUAUAACUGAGGAUGAUGUUGGCAAAACAAGGAAGAGAUCAAGGUCGCCUGAGCAGGAAACUACACAAUCCUUGGCUGCAACCAGUGCUGAGGAACCAGAUACUGAUGAUGAAAAGCCGAAGGCAAAGAGACAAGUCCGGGGUGGAAAGAAGCGAGUUUCUGAUGGUGAUGAGUCCCUUAUUCUCGGUGAUGAUGACGAUACCGGUGAUGCUGUCGUCUCAAGACCCCGUCGUCAGCGAGGCAGGCCACAGAAGAAGCAAACUCCCUCCAAACCAAUCCUGCCAAGAGUAGGGUCGAACGAGGCCACUCCAGGAACAUCUCGUACAAGAAGCCUGAGAAAAAGUGGCUCCAACACCAGCAGGACUAGCGACAACAUUGAUGAUGAAGACCUGAUGGACCAGCUCUGACGUACCAACACAUUCAUACAGGACCAUCACACUUGUCGUCUUGACAUAGCUAGGAAUUAAAACAUGGCCUUUACUUUCCCUUGUACUCUCAUGACCAAUCUUCGACACAGCUUGGAUUUAAUUCAAAGCCCUUUACUGUUGCUUUGACAUAAGCUUUGAGUUAAUUCAAGGGCCUUUCAUUGUUGAUUAUUGUCAUGGCAAAACUUUUAUUCUUAAUUCAUCUCUUUAAAAUUGGCACUGUCAUUAAUUUUUUAGCUUUCUUUUGGUAUAGAUUUCUUACAAAACUUUGAAAACUUCUCAAAUAUAUAUAUGAAUGUGGCACAUUCUUAGAAAAUUGUUAAAAGUCCAUAUUGAAUGUUUUCAAAGUAAUUGUUAUGUUAUUGGAAGCAGUUUUUUGUCUGAAAUACAUGGAAACUAUUUUUUUUUAUCACAUCUUAUUUGCAUUGCUAAUUUUGAAUAGGAAAGGUUUUUUUCCAAUUUAUUUUAUAAAAAAAAAAACAUGCACAAUUGUCAACUAAGUAAUCACAGCCACAUAAUGUGACAUUUAAUUACAAAUGCAUAUUUCAGCUUUUUAAAGAUUUUCUUCAAUACUUAAAAUGUAAAGAGACAGCAAUUUUGGUCAUGUUUUUUUUGCAGAAAACCUACAAAACCCUGUUUCUACCAAAACCAGCUUUCCAAAUGUUUUUUUCUCAAUUAUUAAAAGAUCAUCCUAAUCUUAAAAGAAAGCUAGUUUGAUUAAAUUCAUUAGGUUAAUUUGAUUAAAUAAAUCAUUUUGAAUUGUUUUUUUAACCUACUGGUAUAUAUUGUUAUUUAUGUGUAUUCCUUCAAGAACCACCUGCUUGAUAUUGUACUUAUAUGUAACAAGAAAGAUUUGUUAAUGGAUGCUAGACAUACACAUAUUUUUUUAAGAAUAUGAAACUUUGUUAUUAUUACUGAUGUAGUGUUGUUAGUUAAAGCUACAUAUAAGCCAUUUCUUAAAAGUUUUGUUUAGAAAUUCUAUUUUUUUGCAUUUGAAUGUUUCUACUGUUUCACUUCGUUAUCAGGAAUGUAAAUACAGUAUUUCAACUGUUGGCAGCAAAAUAUGCUCAUGUAUCAAUGGUCACAUACCACUAGAUUGUGGUCGCACGCCACUAAUUUUGCAAUAGAACAUUUUUCAUACUUGUACGGUGAAAUUUAAUUCAUACAUGUUUUAUUUUAAUCAUGGGGAAAUGAAACUGAUAUCAUACAAUCUGUUUUUAGUCAUUUUUAAACACAAAGUGUAAUGUUUUACUUUCUAUACAAUAAAUGUGUAACAUUUUA